GGGGGGCCAUUAUAUUAAUCAAAAAUUAUUUUCAAAUAAAAUAAGGGCUGCGAAAUUUUUUAAAAAUUAAUUGAGCGCGCCCAUUCGAACAUGUGGUUCUGACACGCAGUUUGACAGCUGAUUUGUGAUGUUUACGUGGAGGUGACCUGGUCGGGUUAGGCGAGUUAGAGCGGUUUUCAGUGAUUUUAUGAAUUGAAAAGGAUCGAAAAACGAGCGCGAAUCCCUCCGAGAUGGCCGUACAAAAAGGCAAGCAGGGCACCAAAGGGGCCAAACAAAUAGUCGAGGAGAACCAGUCGACGUUGAAGUUCUACAGGAACAUGGCGCUCAUAGCGAACGCGCUCUCGCUGUGCAUCAUCAUCGCGAUCUACAAUUCCACCAUAAGUAUAGUGUUGUACUUGUUUUCGUGCGUCGUGUACGUCGGGGCUUACCAGUUCAUGGCGUACAUGGCGAGGGCGACUUAUUCCGAAACGGGGCAGCUGCUCGACAGCGGAGUUGAUUUGAACAUGGAAGGCGGCGUUGCCGAGAACGUUAAGGACGUCAUCAUACUCACGGCGGGCUGCCAGUUGCUGGCUUCCCUAAUAUCCAAUUAUUUCUGGGCGCUGUGGCUCUUAGCGCCCGCGAGGGUCGGCUGGAUCGUGUGGAAGAACAUACUAGCUCCGUACUUCUUCCAGGCCGCCCCCGAGAACCCGCAAGUGGACGAGAAGAAGCAGAAAAAGCUCGAGAGGCGGCAGAAACGGAUGCAACAAAUGAGAUGAACCGUUUUCCCGCAUGUUUUUACCUUCGUAUUUAUUUGUAAAUAUUUUUUUAAUAAAGUUGGG